UAUAUCAUUUUGCCGUCUGCAAGACUGUGACAAAUACGUCGAAUCGUUUUAUAAAUGCAUCAUAAUGAGUAAACGAGAAAACAAAAAUGUAUUGUCAAAUUAUUUUCCUAAUCUUCCAAAGACAAAUAAUGUUCCUAUUCAUCUACCACAAAUAGACACGCCUGAGCCAUCAUGUAGUCAUUCACCCACAUAUUUGCAAACAAACGAAAAUAAUAGGUAUAUUAAAAUCGGACACGGAGCAAAUAGUUGAAGAAAACGAUAUUGGCUACUGUUUCGGUAAAAAUGUAUGUGAUGAAAUAAAAUUUAAAUUAUUAACUGAUCAUUGGUCACCAGAUGAAAAUUACAAAUUUCCAAUAACUAAAAAUCUAAAAAAAAAUUUAAAGUUUCAAUUAGGAUGGAUUAAGCGUUUUCCUUGGGUUGUUUAUUCGAGAAUUGGUCAACAAGGUGCAGUUUGUAAAUAUUGUGCUAUAUUUGGUCGCGAAUUUGGUGGCAAAGGCAGUCACUAGAAACUUAAUACAUUAGUUGUAAAACCUUUUAAUAACUGGAAAAAAGCGAUUGAGAAAUUUAAUGAACAUAGUGAAACUGAAUUUCACAAAUCUAAUGUAAUGCGCGCAGAUAAUUUUGUAGCUGUUUAUUCCAAAAACUGUCAAAAUAUUAUUCAAAAAAUAGAUUCAGCGCGUGCUAUUCAAAUUGAUCAAAAUAGAAAGAGGUUAAUUCCUAUUAUUCAAACAAUUAUUAUUUGUGGGCGGCAAGAAAUAGCUUUACGCGGUACUAGUGAUUACUGACCUCUCUCUUUAGACAAUUCUGAACCUACUUACAAUGAUGGUAACUUCCGAACAUAGAAUAAAUGUGGGUACCAAAAUUCCUGAAGAAUAUUUUCGUAUUGCAAUUGCAAUUCCAUUCUAUGAAGAUUUUAUUAGUCAACUUAAAGAACGGUUUUCCAAACACAAAACGAUUUUAUCGUCUUUGUAUUUAUUAAUACCAAAAAUGUGUUUGAAAUCACCAAUUUUAGAAUCAGAUUUUAGUAUAUAUUUAGAUUUUAUAAAUGUUGACACAUUACCUUCAGAACUAAAAUUGUGGAAAAGAAAAUGGAUUGCUUUCAAAGAUGUAGAUCGUCCACAUACAGCUGUAGAAGCACUAAAUUAUUGUAAUCCUGAACUUUUUCCAAAUAUUCAUUUUUUAUUAAAAGUACUAGCUACACUACCGGUUUCUACAGCAACUCCCGAACGAACUUUUUCGACAUUAAAACGCGUCAAGACAUUUUUACGGAACUCUACGGGACAAGAACACUAACUGGACUAGUUCUAUUAAGUGUCCAUAGAGAUGUUACAGUUAAUCCCGAUGAAAAGUUAAACCAGUUUGCUCUUCAA